AUCUCACUUCUAUUUCAUUCGUGGACGGACUACAGUGGAGUUCGUUUCUCGACGUUAAAUUUCAUAGUGAAUAUAUAUAAAAUAUAUCAUUUUUCCAGAGAAUAAAGUUGUUUUUUUUUUUUUUUAAAUUAAAAACUCGGAUUGAGUGUGUUUAAAAAAAAAAAGAAAAAGAAAAUGUCUGCUAAUGAUGUUGAUCAUGAGAAGAGGAAGCAAAUCUCAGUGCGGGGCAUUGUAGAUGUUGAAAAUGUUGGAAAUUUUAAGAAGACAUUUAACAGACAUCUACAUUACACCCUUGUUAAGGAUCGUAAUGUCGCUACAUCUCGAGAUUAUUAUUUUGCCCUAGCUCACAGUGUUAAGGAUAAUCUUGUCUCGAGAUGGAUUCGUACUCAACAAUAUUAUUACGAAAAAGAUCCAAAGAGAGUGUAUUAUCUCUCCUUGGAAUACUACAUGGGAAGAUCUCUUCAAAAUACAAUGAUUAAUUUAGGAAUUCAAGGAGCCUGUGAUGAAGCCAUGUAUCAGAUGGGUCUCGAUAUUGAAGAAUUGGAGGAACUUGAAGAAGAUGCUGGUCUUGGAAAUGGGGGUUUGGGUCGUUUAGCUGCUUGCUUUUUAGACAGUAUGGCGACUUUAGGACUCGCGGCAUACGGAUAUGGAAUUCGUUAUGAGUAUGGAAUUUUCGCUCAGAAAAUAAAGAAUGGUGAACAGGUAGAAGAGCCUGAUGAUUGGCUUCGUUAUGGAAAUCCAUGGGAAAAAGCUCGUCCUGAAUUUAUGCUUCCAGUUAAUUUUUAUGGUCACGUCAUUGAUACUGCCGAAGGCAAAAAAUGGGUAAACACGCAGGUCGUUUUUGCCAUGCCCUAUGAUAAUCCAAUUCCUGGAUAUAAAAAUAAUGUUGUCAAUACAUUAAGACUGUGGUCUGCCAAAUCGCCAGUUGAAUUUAAUUUGAAAUUCUUCAAUGAUGGAGACUAUAUUCAGGCUGUAAUCGAUCGUAAUUUGGCUGAGAAUAUCUCACGAGUUUUAUAUCCAAAUGAUAACUUUUUCGAGGGUAAAGAAUUGCGAUUGAAGCAAGAAUAUUUUAUGUGCGCUGCAACACUUCAGGAUAUUAUUCGUCGUUACAAAUCAAGUAAAUUUGGAUCCAGGGAACAUCAUCGAACUGAUUUCAAUGCAUUCCCUGACAAAGUCGCUAUUCAAUUGAAUGAUACUCAUCCAUCGUUGGCAAUUCCUGAACUUAUGAGAAUUCUCAUCGAUAUUGAGGGUCUCAGUUGGGAUGAGGCAUGGAAAAUUACAGUGAGAACCUGUGCCUAUACGAAUCAUACUGUACUACCAGAAGCUUUGGAACGAUGGCCGACUUCAAUGCUUGAGUGCAUUCUGCCCAGACAUUUGCAAAUUAUUUAUCAUAUUAACUUUCUUCAUCUUCAGGAAGUCGCUGCCAAGUGGCCUGGUGAUUUAGAUAGAAUGCGUCGUAUGUCAUUGGUUGAGGAGGAAGGCGAGAAGAGAGUCAAUAUGGCACAUUUGUCUAUUGUUGGAAGUCAUGCCAUUAAUGGUGUCGCGAGAAUUCAUUCUGAAAUCCUGAAAGACUCCGUAUUCCGUGACUUUUACGAGAUGAAUCCAGAGAAAUUCCAAAAUAAGACAAACGGAAUUACACCCCGAAGAUGGCUUUUGCUUUGCAAUCCAAAUUUGUCCGAUAUCAUUGAAGAGAAAAUUGGCAGUGAGUGGGCAGUUCAUUUAGAUCAAUUGGAGCAACUAAAACAAUGGGCCAAAGAUCCCGCUUUCCAAAGAAGCAUCGUUAAAAUUAAACAGGAGAAUAAACUUCGUUUAGUUGAACUCCUCGAGAAGGAAUAUGGCGUUAAGGUCAAUCCAGCUUCCAUUUUUGAUAUUCAGGUGAAACGUAUUCACGAAUACAAGAGACAAUUACUUAAUUGUUUGCACGUCAUAACUCUUUAUAAUAGAAUUAAAAGAGAUCCAUCGGCUCCAAUUGUUCCUAGAACUGUGAUGAUUGGAGGAAAAGCUGCUCCAGGUUAUCAUUUAGCUAAAAAGAUCAUUAAACUUAUUUGCAGCGUUGCUAAUGUUAUUAAUAAUGAUCCAAUUGUCGGUGAUAAAUUAAAGUUUAUCUUUUUGGAAAAUUAUCGAGUCACAUUGGCUGAGAAAAUUAUUCCAGCUGCCGAUUUAAGUGAACAGAUUUCCACUGCUGGUACUGAAGCUUCGGGAACUGGUAAUAUGAAAUUUAUGUUGAACGGCGCACUAACUAUUGGCACUCUCGAUGGUGCCAAUGUUGAAAUGGCCGAGGAAAUGGGUGAUGAUAAUAUUUUCAUCUUUGGUAUGACUGUCGAUGAAGUUGAAGAUCUGAAGAGGAGGGGUUAUAAUGCUUAUGAUUAUUAUAAUAAAUUGCCUGAGGCGAAACAGUGCAUUGAUCAAAUUCAAAGUGGAUUCUUUAGUCCCAGUAAUCCUGAUGAAUUUAAAGAUAUCGCUGAUGUUCUUCUCAAGUGGGACAGAUUCUUCCUUCUUGCUGAUUAUGAAAGCUAUAUCAAAAUGCAGGAUCGCGUCAGUGCAAUUUAUCAGGACGAGACAAAAUGGGUAGAGAUGGCAAUUCACAAUAUUGCAUCAUCAGGAAAGUUUUCAUCAGAUCGAACGAUUGCAGAGUAUGCUCGUGAAAUUUGGGGCGUUGAACCAAAUUGGCAAAAACUUCCCGAUCCUCAUGAACCCCGUGAUAUGUAAAUAUUUUCUCGAAUCUUUGAUGAUAAUAAUAAUAAUAAUAAUAAAAAUAAGAAAAAGAAGAAAGAAAGAAAGAACGUCCACUGCGUCUACCUCGCAACAAUAUUUUUUUGUGCUUCGAAGCUCUCUUAUAGAAAUAGUCAAAUCGUUUUUGAAAUCUCAUAUAAUAUAAUAUAUAUAUAUUUUAUUCACUAUAUAAGCUUCGCUGGGUUUAAUGGAUUGAUAUUAAAUGAAGAGAAUUUAAAAAAAAUAUAUUGUUCAUAAUUGUCGAGACGUCGUUGAGAUAUCGUUCAAAUGAAAAAGGAAACUGCCUGAUUUAAUGGUAUAGCGAUUCAGUGGAAUCAUUACUAUAUAAUAAUCACAUUUUAUUUUAUUGAGAGGCUUGUUACCAAUUUUUAUUUUUAAUCUGUAUAUAAUAUAUAAUUUUUUUUUUUUUUUUAAUAGAAAAAUUAUUCUCCACUGCCGUUUUAUUAUCGUUUGACGAGUUUAUUUUGUUUUAUAUAUAUAAACUCAAUUUUAUUGUCAUAACGAAAACAUGCUUUAAAAUCGGUCUAGUCGCCUUAAUCAAAAAUAGAAAAUUUGGCAUUAAAAUAAUAAUAAUAGACAAUAUGUGUACGUCCGCAUGAAAAGGGACGACUUUAGUUUCUUUCAUAAGGGCGAUAUUUGCAUUAAUAUUCACGCAAAAAUAAUCUUUAUUGUAAUCGAUAAAGUGGUCCCUUUUCAUGCGGACGUACACAUAUUGUUAUAUACAUAGAUUUCAACGAAAUAGUUUACAUCGAAUUUUUUCAUUAUUUUCUGAGGAAAUUCCACUCUUUAAAUGUGUAUGCGUUUUUAAGAUUUUUUUUCAAAUAAUCAAUAUCUUUUUUUUUAUAUAUAUAUAUUGUGACGCUCCAUGAGAGAAGGGACCUAUCUCCGAAAUAAUAUUAGGCUUAGUUUUCAUGUACGGUGCACGGAAAACUGAGCCUAAUGUUAUUUCGGGGAUAGGUCCCUUCUCUCGUGGAGCGUCACAUAUAUAUAUAUAUAUUUUAAUAAUAGGAAAUAAAUUUUUUCUUCUUUUUGCAUAUAUGUAAAAAGAGGGAAUAAUUUUAAUUUAUAUAUUUGGAAGUGUCUUCCAAAUUUAAAAACUCCAUUCUUAAUAAAUACAUAUUAUAUACUAUAUACUCAGAUCAAGUAAAUAGACAUUUAGCAGCAUAUUUUUUUAAAGUUUACAUGAGAAUAAAAAUGCUCAAACGUCGUUAUUAUAUAUAUUUGUAUUGAUAUUUAAUUAUCAGAAUUGACUUCGAAAGAUGGAUAACUUUAACAGAAAGAUAAAUAAUGAAUUUUUUUUAAAAAAUAUUUCAGGGAAUUAUAAUAUAUAGUCUUUAAUCGUAAUCUUUAUGGGUUUUACAAAAUUAUCAAACUGACUGUUAGUGUAUCGCACAUAAUGUCGAAUUAGUGAAAUAAAAACGUUGUUAUUAAU